AUUAGCUAACCUCUUCUUCACUUAAGAAAAAAACACUUGGAAUCAUUCCACUUUCCAUUUUCAUUUUUCCAUUAACUUUCCAUAUGUUUCUGUCCUUCUCCCUGAUUUAGAAAAGAAGGUGAGAGGGGAAAAAAGUCGUUGUUCUAGUCAUGGAUUACUCAAAGGAUAUUGAAAACCAACAAAAAACUGUCAUGGUUUACCCUUCAAUGGCUAGACACAACGAAAUUUCUCAUAAACAAGCUGCAAUAUUCCCUUCAUCAUAUGAUAAUAAUAGUAAUGUUCUUCAUCCUCCUAGUUAUAUUAUGCCAGCUCAAGGAUAUCCUAGUAAUUAUAACCCUAAUUCAUACCCUUUAGGCGCCGAUGCUACAUUCUAUGUGAAUUAUUCCCAAAAGUACAUGCCAUUGCAAGAAGAAAACAAUAGUAGGGCGUCAUUUGGUCGUUAUAUGACUACCAUGAUGCUAAUCUUGAUUAUUGGAAUGAUCAUGUUCAGUUUAGUCAUUUGGCUUUUAUUUGGCACGGAGAAGCCUGAAUUUCAUCUAGUAUCGAUACAAGUUUCUAGUCUUAUGAUUACUAGCACCUCAAUAUUAGGCAAUUGGCAGGUCAAUGUGUCCAUGAAAAAUUCGAAUAACGACUUAGAUAUAAAAUUGAAUACUGGAAAGACUGCCAUUUUAUACAAGACGAAUGUUUUGGCUGAGACUCCUGUUGAUCCUUUCAAUUUGGCGUCCCAAAGUUCGGCUAUUUUAUUUUCCAAUUUGACAACGUCACCUGGAACUUUCUUGGAUAAAGGAAUUUUAUCAGAAGCUACGGGGGAGAGAGAUAAUGGAGUUUUGAAAUUUACACUGCAGAUUUAUUUAGGGUUUCAAUAUACUUCAAAGACUGAAUCGAAAAAUGAGAGACUGCGAAUUUACUGCAAUGAUGUGAAAGUUCAGUUUGGGCAUGGACCUCAAGAUAAAGGGGAGUUGACGAAAGCUGAUCCUAUUGAUUGUCUCAUAUACUCAUAAAUAUUUUUGCAAAGGUACAUUCACUUUAGGGGAAUGGAGUUGCGUUUCGGACAGCUCAAUGAAAUAGGCUGCAACAUUUGGAUGGAGAAAUCUUUUUUCACUGAGGAUUUUGCUUGGAGUGGACUGAAUGCUGAUAUUGCGUCACUCAUGUUAAAUAUUGGUUCCUAUUCGGGAUAAAUGUAACUAGUGAUUAUAGGCAGGUGUGAGAGUGUUGUAUUCGGUACAACUCACUACAUGUUUGUAUACUAGUAAUUUAAUUUAUAAAAUUCUUCUGUAGUAGGGUCUCCUCAGGGGCGGAUCCAGCUUAUUAUAUGUGGGUUCCCGAGAACCCAAUAGCUUUUGUAUAUACUCUGUAUAUAUAUUACAAAAUCCACUAAAUAUUCAUAAAAAUAUUUGAUU